UAUGUAAGAAAUGACAUGAGCCACAUGAUCUAAUGGCUGCCCUCACUAGAGGUUUAGACUCAUUUGUUUGUAUCCGUUGGAUGGCAUGUAGCAAAGGGAUUGCUCAUGUACAACUAUUAUAAAUAGAGCUACGAAAACUGUUUUGAGUCACUGAAUUUGAAAAGGGUAGCCUUAAAGUAAAAUUACUAAAAUGGCCUCGAUCUCCUCUGCAGUAGCCACUGUCAGCCGUGCUGCCCCCGCUCAAGCCGUGGCUCCGUUCACCGGCCUCAAGUCCAACUCUGCCUUCCCUAUCACCAAGAAGGCUAACGACUUCUCCUCCCUUCCAAGCAACGGUGGAAGAGUUCAAUGCAUGAAGGUGUGGCCACCUCUAGGGCUCAAGAAGUUCGAGACUCUUUCAUAUUUGCCCCCUCUAUCUGAUGCUUCUUUGGCUAAGGAAGUUGACUACCUUCUCCGCAACAAAUGGGUUCCUUGCUUGGAAUUUGAGUUGGAGCACGGUUUCGUCUACCGUGAGCACCACCACUCCCCCGGAUACUAUGAUGGGCGCUACUGGACAAUGUGGAAGUUGCCUAUGUUUGGGUGUACUGACUCAGCUCAGGUUAUGAAGGAGAUCGGAGAGUGCAAGAAGGAGUACCCCAACGCCUUCAUCCGUGUUAUCGGAUUUGACAAUGUUCGCCAAGUGCAAUGCAUCAGUUUCAUUGUUUCCAAACCACCAGGCGUACUCUAA